AUGACAACUUCUUGCAAUAACAUUCGCGUGGUAGUUGGAAUCGAUUUCGGGACAACGUAUUCAGGAUUUUCAUACGCUAACGUGGCGAAUCCUUCCAAAAUCGAGGCAAAUGAUGAUUGGCCCGAGAGGAAAGGGGAAUUUAAAACUAAUACUGUGAUCAGAUAUGAUAAUGAUCUUGAACUGGUUAAAUGGGGAUUUCCUGCUUUAGCCGAAAAAUCCUCAAGAAGGAGAAGUGCGCAGUCCAAUAACUCUUCAAAAGUUGCAGAACUAUUCAAGCUCCAUCUUGGUAAAGUUGCGGAAGGGGAUAGACCGCCAUUACCAACAGGUUUGGAUCCUAAAAAAGCAGUCACUGAUUAUUUGCGAGAAAUCGGAAAGUUAAUAAAAAACAAAGUGUCCGCAAGAUGGCCAGGUCUAAUUUUUCAUAAACAUGUCCGCAUUGUUCUUACCGUGCCCGUCGAAUAUGAUGAAAAAAUUCGCGCGAUUAUGCGUCAAUGCGCUUUUGAUGCGGGCUUAAUACUCACAUUGGAAUCAGAAAAUCUAGAAUUCACAACUGAACCCGAGGCUGCUGCGAUCUACUGUCUUGAAAACUUAAACGAACAUCCAUUAAAAGUUGGAGAAUCUUUUAUGAUAGUAGACUGUGGCGGUGGUACUGUCGAUUUGACAGUUCGUACUCUUCUUCCAAAUACAAAAUUAAGCGAACUCACAGAAAGUACCGGUGAAUUUUGCGGCUCAGCAUAUAUUGAUAAGGAAUUCAAAAAAUUUCUUGCUCGUAAAAUUGGAAAAUCCACCCUUCAGUUGAUAGAAAAGAAACACUAUCCCGAACUCCAAUACUUGAUCCAACAUUUCUGCACGAAUGUAAAGAUUCUAUUUGAUGGGAACGAAGAAACCUGGAGGAGUAAGGAACUUGAUCUUGAAAGCGUCUGUCCCAUUAUGUUGCAAUACGUUAAUGGUGAAGAAAGGGCGGCGUUAGAAGAGUCGGAAUGGCUUAUCGAAUUAGAUUUCGAGACGAUUAAACAUUUCUUCGAUCAAGUCAUCGCGAAAAUUCUUUUACUGAUUCGCCAGCAAUUGACAGAUUCGGGAAGGGAUAUUUCUGCGAUAUUUAUGGUCGGCGGCUUUUCCGAAUCCAAAUACUUGUUGCAUCGUGUUCGACAGGAAUUUAGUCGCCAAGUUCCGUAUAUUGCGGUUCCAUCUUAUCCAGUUGCUAGUGUUGUAAAGGGGGCUGCCAUUUAUGGUUUGAGAAUGGAUAUAAUUAAAACACGUGUUCUCAAAAAAACGUAUGGAAUUGAGCUUUAUCGCGAUUGGACUCACAAUGAUCCGCUCGAUCAAAAGAAAAUAAUCAAUUCAAAAGAAAAGAUUUUAUUCUUCAAGCGAUUGGCUAAAAAAGGUACCGAGGUUAAUGUGGAUCAAGAAUUCAAAAACACAUCCUGGCCAUCGCAUCCGACUCAAGAAACGUCGAUAUUCGAAAUUUACACUACUAACGCGGAAGAUGGAAACAACUGCGACGAGCCAGGAAUGAAGCUAUUUGGAAAACUUGAAUUGGAUUUACCUGACGUUAAUCUUGGUACCAAUCGCCCGGUCGAAUUUACUUUGACUUUCGGUAAAAUGGAAACGCGUGCUAUCGCACGAAACCUCACAACGGGUUCUUCUGCUAGAGCAAACUUCAAGCUAGAAUUGUAG